ACUGUACAGUUUGUUCAGGGGAUUUUCGUGGAGAAAUAUGACCCGACAAUAGAAGACUCGUACAGAAAGCAAGUGGAGGUGGACGGGCAGCAGUGUAUGCUGGAAAUUCUGGACACUGCAGGGACGGAACAGUUCACAGCCAUGAGAGAUCUGUACAUGAAGAAUGGCCAGGGCUUUGCGUUAGUGUACUCCAUCACAGCCCAGUCCACCUUCAACGAUCUGCAAGACCUACGAGAGCAGAUCCUCAGAGUCAAAGACACUGACGAUGUUCCGAUGAUUCUGGUGGGUAAUAAAUGUGAUCUGGAGGAUGAGCGUGUUGUGGGGAAGGAACAGGGACAGAACCUGGCCAGACAGUGGAGCAGCUGUGCUUUCCUGGAGUCCUCCGCAAAGUCCAAGAUCAACGUCAACGAGAUCUUCUAUGACCUGGUCAGGCAAAUCAACAGGAAAACCCCAGUACCUGGGAAAACACGCAAAAAGUCCAACUGUCAGCUCCUCUAAUACACAGCUGCUCUGUCGCACUGAGCCAGGUCUGAUUUGCUGCUGUCUCUCUCAGCAGUGCCAGCAUUCCGACGUUACUAAAACCUAACAUGGAAUGGACUUUCCUGUGUGGUGACGCCCCUUUAACAACCAACAAACAAACCGACCAACGGAUUCAAAGCUACAAUACAUCAGUUUUUACACACAGAUUAACCAUUAUCACUCUCCAGUGUCACGAGAACAAGAUUUCUACUUAGAAAUAUAGAUAUUCCAACUGUAUGCAACUGAAAUGGAAAGAUUACGUUCAUAAAAUAAAGUAAAAUGAAAUAGGUAAAUCAGUCAAUAUGAACCAAAAUAAAAUCCCGAUUCCUACACACAGUGUUAUUGCUAACGGAGACAGUAGCCGUAGAAACGGAUGUCUAACCAGAAUGUGCACGUUGCCACGGUGAUGCGGUAUUUAUAAGCACCUCUAUAUUAGCCAGAGAGAAAAAGACAAAGUCCCAAAGAGGCACCCUAUAUAGUUCAGUUCAUACAGAUAACUUGCUCCUGGGGUUUAUUUUCUAACUUUUUUUAUUUUCCUUCGAUCAUUCAACAUCAUUUCUCUGUCUUCUUCUGUCUUUUUUUUAAAUGACUAGUUUUGUCUCUACUGAGAGAUGCUAUACUGCGACAGCUAUUGAUAUGAGUUUUAUUUUGAGGAGUAAACCUGUGGCUACAACCA